AUGGAGUGGCCCGCCAGGAGGUGGCCCGGUAUCCCUGGCGAACGCCGCCUGAAAUUGGGUUCCACAACGGGUGCGCAGAAACUCAGCGACGACCGCCACAAUAUUCCUCUCUUUCUCAGUCAACACGCUCUCUUCCAGUGCGUCCAUCUUGCCACCGUCCCUGUCUCGCACAAGUAUUCCCCUGCCUCGGAAAGUCUCACACUUCGUUCGGUGAUAGGAACGAGACCACUGCCGAAUUGCUACGAAUACGACCCGCAAACUUGGACUCCGCUCACACCGCUACUCACAUCGGAAUUCCACAACCCCUGGUCACUCUCCCCCCAGCUCCUCGAGAUUAAUACGCCGGAAGGGAUUCCGCCCUGGAUGCAGCGGCAGACGAACCUCCGGGAAGCUCGCGGCGGCCACAGGAACCAAAGCGUUCAGGUUGCAACACCCCCGUCAAAUCGUCCGCUCGUAGUCCUGGCCGAGCGAUAUAGGUUAGAAUGA